CCACAUCAUCCAACCUUAUCUCGCUAUCAUUUGAAGUAACAAGUCUUUUACCAUGUUGACACAUUCCUGGGCUUCAUUAGACAGGCUGAGCGGAUUACCUUGUCUAAUGUAAAUAUCAAUGUCUCGACUACUGUGGGAAAUUUCAAAUGAAUUUAUUGUAACAUGACAAAGCUACUAUGAUAAAUAAAUAUAAUCAUAAAUACAACAUUAUUAGGUAAGAGUGUUGUUUCAUAAUAGAUAAGAACACUGUGCAGUAUGAUCAAAGUGCAAGUAAGAACUCCGGCAAGAUUAGAUAUGACAGAAUUAAGAAAAAGGGAAAAGGUAGCACGUAUUCAUAAAGUUAUAUAAUUGGCAGCGGGUGCAACAACUCACAUUAGCGCCUACGCUACACCUUUACGAACAUGUAGAUUACAGCGCCAUCUCCUGACAAAUACACGUAAACACAACACUUCCGAUUGGUCUGAAUUGCUGUUGUUAUGACUCAACACUCAUUCGUUAAUAGUUCUCCAACCAGUGACUUACUCAUGCGGGAACAAAAAGCUUCGCUAUCUUCUGUCCCAGACAACGGAAAAGUGCGAAUGAAGAGAAAGUUCUACUCCUGGGAGAAGUGUAUGAACCUAAGAGAAGUGAAGUCACUAAAGAAACUGAAUCAUGCCAGUAUGGUGAAACUAAAGUAUCGAGCUCCAGAGGUGCUUCUUAGGUCAUCUGUGUAUAGCUCUCCAAUAGACAUGUGGGCAGUUGGCUGCAUUAUGGCAGAGCUAUAUACAGUUGUGUUCAAAAUUAUUCAACCCCCAAUG